UGGCUGCCUAGUUUCCCCUCGUCUCCCCCAGAUCCCUUCUCCCUCCCUUUGGCCAAAGUUGGCUGGGAAGAGUGCUUGCCUCUCUGGAGAUGGCUCUUUUCUCCCUCGACGGCUGCCUGCCUUGGCUGCUGCUCCUGCUUUCUUCCCUCGGAUCUUCGGCUGCCAUCCGGAGGACCAUCCCUCGGAGGCAAGAUAGACUGGGCCCUCCUCUGGAUAUAACACUGGAUUCACUCAACUGCACAGCAUUCAGUAUACAAUGGAGAAUGCCUCGGCAGCAUGCGAGCACCAUCACUGGGUAUACUGUCUAUUAUGCUGAGGUCAAGGCUGAUAAACCAAUUAGACAGCAGUCGCAUGAUGUGCCUCUCAGCCUGGACAUGCUUGGCAUGGGCCCAAUGGAUGGUCAAGCAAUUUUUGAAGUGGUUAUUGGGGAUUUGAAGCCAGGCACCCUCCAUCGUGUAAGCGUAGGAGCUUAUGGCUGGGCAGGAAAAGGUAGACCCAGCAUGCCCAGAAACAUAACAACUUUAUCACAAGAUAAAUGUAUGCCUCCAGAUCCACCAUAUCAGCCUCAAGUCAUUGUUGUUUCUGACUCAGAAGUUGCACUGACAUGGAAACCAGGACCUAGUGAAGGAAGUUCUUCAAUUCAGUACUACACAGUGGAAUUUACCAGGCCUGAUCUUGAUACCAACUGGACAGUAAUUAGAGAACAGAUCCAGAUGGACUCCAUGGUUUUGAAGGGGCUAACUCCAAACAACAAGUACCAGUUUGCAGUCCGGGCAGCAAAUUCAUAUGGAACCAGUCCGCCUAGUGCUCCCAGUGACCCUAUCAGAAUGUUCAGCCCAGAAGAGCUAGGAAGUGGAAGCUAUGGGCAUCGGUAUGUCACAGACACUGGAAAUGGUGAUGAUGAUGGAAUUGAGAUUGAUGAUUCAGACUAUGACAUUUACAUUGAUGAGCUCAAACCACUUCCUGCUAUCAAAGGAGCCAAUAGGAAGUUUUUGGUUGAAACCAAGCUCUCACAAGGUUCUACUGCAAGACUCCUUUCACGGCUGCUUUCUACUACUACAUCUCCUGUUACUUUCCGUGCACCAACUACUCUUCUACCACGUACCACCACCACUGCUACCAGCGUCACUCUUAAGACCACCAGGAGGAAUGGUGUGGCUUCAGUGGUACGGCAGUCUGAUCAGUCCUGUGAUGAAACCAUCUGCUCUACUGAUAGCUUUUGCGUCAAUGAUUAUGAAAGGAGUGGGUCUCGUUGCCACUGUAACCUUGGCAAAGGAGGAGAGAGUUGUUCAGAAGAUGUUAAUAUUCAGUAUCCUCAGUUCUUUGGCUACUCGUACAUCACCUUUGAACCUCUGAAAAAUUCCUAUCAGACAUUCCAAAUUACUGUUGAAUUCAGGGCUGAAGCCGAGGAUGGCUUGCUUCUGUAUUGUGGUGAAAAUGAGCAUGGGCGCGGUGAUUUCAUGUCAGUGGCAGUCAUUCGAAGAAAUGUCCAGUUCAGGUUCAACUGUGGUACUGGAAUUGCAGUAAUUACCAGUGAGAACAGAAUUAAACUGGGCAAUUGGCAUAGUGUGACUGUGUUCAGAGAUGGAUUGGAAGGUUGGCUUAGACUGGAUAACAACCCUCCAGUUUCUGGUAGAUCUCAGGGUCAGUACAGUAAAAUUACUUUCCGAACUCCCUUCUACCUUGGAGGUGCUCCAACAGCCUACUGGCUUGUAAGGUCUGCAGGAAUCAACCGUGGCUUUCAAGGCUGUGUUCAGUCACUCAUUGUCAAUGGAAAGAUCAUUGACAUGCGGCCUUGGCCUUUGGGGAAGGCACUUAGUGGAGCUGAUGUAGGUGAAUGCAGCAGUGGAAUUUGUGAUGAAGCAUCCUGCAUAAAUGGUGGUACCUGCACCGCAAGCAAAGCAGAUCGUUAUAUCUGCCUAUGCCCUCUUGGAUUUAAAGGCCGCCACUGUGAAGAAGCUUACAUCCUUAUCAUACCACAAUUCAAUGAGACCUUGAAAUCCUUUGCUACCAUUCCCUGGCCUUUGGAACCACAGAACUAUCUUUCUUUCAUGGAAUUUGAGAUCAUAUUUCGACCAGAUGCAGAGGACGGUGUCCUUUUGUACAGCUAUGACUCAGGCAGCAAAGACUUCCUGUCUAUUAGCAUGGCAAACAGCUAUGUGGAGUUUAGAUUUGACUGUGGUUCAGGAACAGCUAUCAUUAGGAGUGAAGAACCUGUCAGUUUGAACCAGUGGCAUGAGCUCAAAGUGUCUCGCACAGCGAAAAAUGGCAUAUUGCAAGUUGAUCAGCAAAGACCAGCAGAAGGAAUGGCGGAGGGAGCUUUCACCCAGAUUAAAUGCAAUCCUGAUAUGUUUGUUGGUGGUGUACCAAAUUAUGAUAAUGUAAAGAAAAACUCUGGUGUCCUUAAACCCUUCUCUGGGAGUAUUCAAAAGAUUGUUCUGAAUGACCGGACAAUAGACGUAAAGCAGGAUUUUACAUCUGGAAUCAACCUAGCGAACACGGUCCAUCCCUGCCUGACUGCCCCAUGUGUCAAUGGGGGAUCCUGCGUGCCCAAGAAAGAUGGCUAUGAGUGUGAUUGUCCUUUGGGUUUUGAUGGGCAACACUGCCAAAAAGAAUGUGGAAAUUACUGCUUAAACACUGUAAUGGAAGCCAUUGAAAUCCCACAGUUCAUCGGUCGCAGUUAUCUCACAUAUGAUAGUCCGGAUAUUCUUAAAAGAGUGUCAGGCUCAAGAACAAACAUAUUUAUGAGGUUUAAGACUACUCUGAUGGAUGGUCUCUUGCUGUGGAGGGGAGAUAGCCCCAUGCGGCCCAACAGUGACUUCAUCUCUCUCGGUCUUCAAGAUGGUGCCUUAGUCUUCAGUUAUAAUCUGGGCAGUGGCAUCGCUUCUAUAACUGUGAAUGGGUCUUUCAAUGAUGGAAGGUGGCAUCGAGUUAAAGCAGUGCGGGACGGUCAGUCUGGGAAGGUAACAGUGGAUGAUUAUGGUGCUAGGACUGGUAAAUCUCCAGGAAUGAUGAGGCAACUGAAUAUCAAUGGGGACCUAUAUGUAGGUGGAAUGAAAGAGAUAGCACUCCAUACAAACAGGCAAUAUAUGAGAGGACUGGUGGGUUGCAUUUCCCACUUCACACUUUCCACAGAUUAUCAUAUUUCACUGGUUGAAGACGCAGCUGAUGGGAAGAAUAUUAACACUUGUGGAACAAAAUAACCAAUGGAGGGGUCUUUACAGGGAAGAGCCUUCCUUACAUAUACAUCAGUAACAGUUCAAUGACUGAUCUCACACACUGAGGACUGCCUCCCAGGAAGGCAGGAAACUAAGAACCAAAACUGAAGGGAGCAUUUCUCCUACUCCUUCUCUUUGGAUCCUCUGCUCUCAUAGUCCUUCUGAGUGCUUUGGGUAGGAACAUCAUGCUUUACUCCUUAUUAAGGAUGCAAAGCCCCGAUGCUCUUGCAUACAGCUGGUGCAUUUCCUGCCAGGCCAACUGUAUAAACAUGUACAUCCUUGUGAGAUGUAUCGGCCAGUAUCAGCUUCAGACAUGUAUAACUGAUUUGCAACAGCCAAUUUUGCAAGGGUUUUUUUUUUUUUUUAAGAAAAAAGAUUAAGCAACGUGGACCAAUUUUUCAGCACUGACUACAAUUCAUUCCAAGGACCGGUCACAAAGCCUCCAUUGUUAUUUAUCCAGUGUUAUCCCUUCAUUUUGCAUCAGAGCUUAGAAAAGUUACUUUCUUAGACUAUGAUACCGAAGUUGGCUGGGGAAAUCUGGGAGGUAUAGUCCAAAAAGAUAACUUUUCUAAACUACUUCUACUAUCUUUAGUAACACUGUGUGUAGUCUCCCCAGAGACACAGCAUGGACACGUUGUAGCAAUGUCCGUUGAAAGAAUCUCAAAUUAAGUCACAUCAUGGCAAGACUGAUGCUGCUAGCCACUAUGCCUGCAGCAUAACAUAAUUUGUCUCCUCUACUUGGAAGUAAGAUUAGCUUUUGCCGGUCUAGAACAUGUAAUGAGAUUAUCCAGUCCAUCAGCCACUAUUUCAUUCUUAGAGGUCCAAUAGAGACAUAUUGCUCAUGAAAAUUGUCAGUUUCUGGACCAUUAUGCAUCAAAGUAUAAGAAGGGUUCUCAUGCCUGAGUUGUACAGAAAAAAACUGCAGCUUUCUAUAUGUAGAAGAUGAAGUGAAUAUCUUCCCUUAUUCUACAGUUCAGGAACACCUUUAACCAUGGCCAUUGAGAUCUGUCUUUGGGAAAACAGAUCUCAGUGUUCUGCACAGAUUAUUCUCCCCGUCCUCAUUCAUUCAGCCCAUCUUUUACCUGUGGCAAACCCUUCCAACUUUACCGGUUGAUAGAGAGCAGGUGGCAGAAAGGGAAACCAACUAUAGUACCUAUAUAUAGCUGGACACACAGCAAAAGGCAUCCUCUGGGACUUUCUGAAAGUCCUCUAAAGACCCUGGAUGGUGAUAUCAUUGCUAUUCCUCCACUUAUAGAAACAUAGCUGGAGAUUUCAUCUCUCCUUUCCCUCCACUUUUGACAUUAUGUGUUUAUUGUGCAGCUGGAGGAGGAUUCUGAGCUUUGCAGCAACCAAAAAACUGAGUUACAUAGAUAUAAAUUGGGCUUACGUUUGCAUAAUUGACUACCAGGAUGCCAGCCUCCCCAUGUUUGAGUAGAUUAGUUUUUGUAACAUAGAGGAUACUGUUUUAGCUAGGGAAAGGUGAGGAUUCGCUUUGAGUUUGUUAUUAGUAAUAAUUUACCACUAUAUGCAAAAAUCGCCAUGUUUUGGACAGAAAGAAUUUGAGUACAAAGAACAGGGGAAAUGGAGAAACUAAAAUUCAGGGAUUUGUCCAUCCAGGUCCAGGCCACUGCAGGUUUAGCUCUUUUAAAAAGGCUGGCUUUAGACCCCUGCAUUUGUCACUGCUGAAUUAGGGUUGCUACCUCUCUUUUUUGGAGAAGGGCCUAUCUUUACCACCUCUGUAUAAUGCUAGAAACAACUGUACAUUGAAUCUGGCCAGUGCAGAUGGCUAAGAAUUGUUUUCCCUUGGCUUCAGUAAGCAAAGUUCAGAGUUUUCUUGGCAUGUAGAAAGAAAUUGAAAUUCUAGAAUUCAAGCGCCAGAGAAAGUGAAGCUGAGAGAUUUUUUUAGCUCAGUCCUGAAACUUGCUGUCAAGGUUUUGAAGGAUACCACGGGAUAUCAACAAUGUAUCAGACCAAUUCCUAAGUAGUGUGGUAAUGGGCAGCAGAGCUACCUUUAUAUGAUCCCCAAGUUACUUCUUUUCAACCAGAGAGACAGUAUUUGAAACACAUAUUGGCACAAUGACUGCACAUCCAACAAUCUCAGUCUUGAGGGCUGUAUUUAAACAUUCCAUUUUUCCAUUCCAGAGACACCAUGUUGAAUUUACUCGGAAAAAUACAUUUACAGCUCCAUUCCACCUCAAUGUAAAAUGACCGUAAAUGUUAACUCCUUUCCAGUUUAUGCUGUUUGCUGAAGGGAAUGGUUAUUUCUAUUUAAAAAAAAAUCCUACUACUUUUUUUAUUAUAAGCAAUGAAAAUCAACCACCACAUUUUAUAGCAGCAAUUUUGUACUUGUAUAUUUUUAUAUAGAAGCAACUGUGGCACUGAUCAAUUAGCUAAUUUUACAAAAGGAGUAGGUGUCUGACACAGACUAGCAUGUUGUAUGUUUUUCCCAAAAGAAAAAGAAAAAAAAGUGCUGUGGAGCAAGGAAGUUUUGUAUUUGCUUAUUCUACAGUUUCAGGGGAAAUAUUUGUGAAAUGUAACAGAUUUUAAAAUGUGGCUGGGGAUGGGGCUAGACAACUGAAAAAUGUACAUUAAGGAAACUUUUCUGGCUUGAAACUAUUGAAAAGAUGUUAAAUUGUGUUCUGCUGUGGCACCAUUUUUUUUAAAAAAAAUAUCUAGGCAGUGUUACCUUUGUUCUGAGCAAGUGUAGCGAUUUGAGUAUUGGAUUGACUCUGAGAGUUCAGGGUUUGAAUCCUCAAUAUACCAUGGAAAUCUACUGGGUGCACCUAAGCAAGUCACACUCUCUCAGCUUCCAAGGAAGGCAAAAGCAAACCCCCUCUGAACCCAUCUUGCCAAAAAAUGCUCAUGGCAGUGUCAUCCUUAAAGCACAUAACAGGAACACUAUGGUAGAAGCAGAGUGCAUACUUUUCAGAACCCUGCAUCCGCAACUAUUAUUCAUGCCAGCUGGGGGAUUCUGGGAACUGUAGUCCAAAAAUAACCUUUCAAUGUUCUAUAUAGAAUUGAAGAUGUAUUUUAUGAUCGUUAGGCACAGAGGCUAGAAAGUUUGAGACCCUCUGAAAAAUAACAAGAUCCUACAUUGGAAGCAACAGUUCAUAACUUUACAAUGGCAUGGCUAGUGGCAUCAAGGGGAUGGCAGGUGCAGAGCACACCGGGUGACAGCGCUGAAGAGGGUUGACACCUGGUUGGGCCCUUCUCUCCCUCCAAGUGCAGGAGAAGUGAUACUC